UCAAUCUCCAUCCUUCUCUCUCUCUCUCUCUCUCUCUAUUCUGUAAUCAACACAACGCACAAACUUGUGUCUUUCUUUUUCCAAACAGAUUCUCUCUCUCUUUUUCUUUUAACUUUGAUUGGAUCAUCGCUGUGUUUUUUAUAUUGAAAACAAAAAUCGUGGGCUUAAUUUAUUUUAGAAUGUCAUUAUCCGAUUCUGAAUCUUCUUCUCAUGGCGGAGAGUACAAAUUCUUUCGUCAAACCAGCCGCGAUCGUUUAUUGCUUGAAAUGCUUGGAUCAACAAGAACAGGGGAAUCGAAAUCAACAUGGAAGGUACUUAUUAUGGACAAAGUUACAGUGAAAGUCAUGUCUCAUUCUUGUAAAAUGUCAGAUAUCACAGACCAAGGAAUUUCACUGGUGGAAGAUCUUUUCAGGAGGAGAGAACCUUUACCCUCCAUGGAUGCUAUCUAUUUUGUCCAGCCAUCAAAAGAAAAUGUCGUCAUGUUCUUGUCUGACAUGUCUGGAAGGGAGCCUUUAUACAAGAAAGCAUUUGUUUUUUUCAGUUCACCGGUUCCCAAAGAAUUGGUUAAUCACAUCAAGUGUGACACAAGUGUGUUACCUCGCAUAGGUGCUUUGAGAGAGAUGAAUCUGGAGUACUUUCCUAUAGAUAGUCAGGCAUUUACCACUGACCAUGAUGGAGCAUUGGAAGAACUCUAUGGUGAAAAUGCUGAGAACUCACGAAGAUUUGAUGCAUGCUUGAAUGUGAUGGCAACUCGAAUUGCAACAGUGUUUGCUUCAUUGAAGGAGCUCCCUUGUGUGCGGUAUCGUGCUGCCAAGACGCUAGAUGAUGCAUCAACAACGGCAACCUUUCGUGACACAAUUCCGACGAAGCUUGCUACGGCUAUAUGGAACUGUAUGUCAAACUAUAAAUCCAUUCCCAACUUCCCGCAGAAUGAGACAUGUGAGCUGCUCAUCCUGGACAGAUCCAUUGAUCAGAUUGCUCCUGUCAUUCAUGAAUGGACUUAUGAUGCCAUGUGCCAUGACUUAUUGGAUAUGGACGGAAAUAAAUAUGCGCUGGAGGUGCCAAGCAAAAAGGGUGGUGAGCCUGAGAGAAAGGAGGUCCUUUUAGAUGACAAUGAUCCAGUCUGGCUUGAGCUUCGUCAUGCACAUAUAGCAGAUGCUAGUGAACGUUUGUAUGACAAGAUGACCAACUUGAAAAAGAACAAAGCUGCACAAAUGCAACAAAAUGCAAGAGAUGGUGCUGAAAUAUCUACACGAGAUUUACAGAAAGUUGUUCAAGCCUUGCCAAAAUACAAUGAACAAAUUGAGAAGCUGUCUCUUCAUGUUGAGAUAGCUGGAAAAAUUAACAGCAUUAUCACAAAAUUGGGCCUUCGAGAACUUGGGCAACUAGAGCAGGAUCUUGUUUUUGGAGAUGCAGGAGGUGUAGAAGUUAUUAACUUCCUAAGGACAAAGCAGGAUGCAUCUCCUGAAAAUAAGCUUCGUUUGUUGAUAAUUUAUGCAUGCGUGUACCCUGAGAAAUUUGAGGGUGACAAAGCUACAAAGCUAAUGCAGUUGGCCAAGUUAUCGGAAACGGAUAUGAAGGCUGUGAAAAAUAUGCGAUUGCUUGUGGGAUCAUCUGUUACCAAAAAGGCAUCGGGCAGUUUCUCACUCAAGUUUAAUAACCAGAAGACAAAAACGGCAGCCAGAAAGGAUCGAACUGGUGAGGAAGAAACGUGGCAACUCUUUCGAUUUUAUCCCAUGUUAGAGGAGCUUAUUGAGAAUGUUAACAAAGGUGAAUUGCCGAAGAAUGAGUAUUCGUGUAUGAACGAACCAAGUUCGGCAGUUGAGCCGGAGGAGACCAAGAAAGGAUCAGGUCGGACAAGUAAUGCCCCCGUCGCUCCAGAAAGAAAAGCUCCUGCUCAUUCAAUGAGAUCAAGACGAACUGCAACGUGGGCACGGCCUCAUCUUUCUGAUGACGGAUAUUCAAGUGAUUCAGUGUUGAAGAAUGCAUCAACGGAUUUGAAGAAAAUGGGGCAGCGUAUAUUUAUAUAUAUCAUUGGUGGUGCAACUCGAUCUGAGCUACGAGUUUGCCACAAGCUCACAACCAAACUCAGGAGGGAAGUUGUUUUAGGUUGCACUAGUUUGGAUGAUGCUCCACGAUAUGUAACGAAAUUGAAGAUGUUGUCGGAACGCGAAGCCCCCCCAACUGAUGGCCCCAGAUUCCAAAUUUAGCUCGAGAGAAGAACGUGAAUAAAU